ACAGUACAUCCUGCAUUAGCGGUCACCUACAGGUAUUAAUUAAACAGCCACUUGCCUUAAGUAGCCAUUCUAGAAACUUCCCAAACUGACGAAUCUAUUGUUCCGAACGAAAACCUCUAAGAUAUUGUUUUGAUAUAAUUAUGGGCAACACCUUUGACCCUCAUCAUUGGCUGAUACUACAAUACUGGAGCUUAUUUGAAACUGAAAAGUGAAGAUCAAAGUUUAUACUGGUAUCUACAAUGUAUAACAUAACUUAUUUGAGACAGACAUAAUGGAUAUAUUUAAAGACUUAACGUGUACUACACGAAUAUACUUUUUUUUAGUAUGACAAAUAAAUACAUUUUUAUUCGUAUAAAAUACUCGUACAAUUUUGAAGCAAUAGUAUGUGAAAACGUGUAGCAAGAAUUUAUCAUUAGGUUUAACACAUCUGACCGAAUGAGUUUUGCUGUUGUUGGUUUAAAUUCUAAAUUUGAGUAAUUUAAAUCGAAGAAUUCGACGGAAAACUUAAUCCUCCACUCUUCUUGGAAUGACAGUAGAUAUACAUUCAUCUCUAGUUGAUAUAAGACGUUCUCUCCCCUGCAAUCAUUUGAAUUUCCGUACAUUUACAGUAUUAAGGUUUCUGUCUGUUUAUAUUAUUCGAACGCAGUUAUCAAGAACUCUUUUCUCAUUUUGUUUUACAAAUGCAAUGACAGUGCAACUUAUGUUCAUAUUACCAAGCAAUGAGAUCCAAGCAACUUGAAAGGCAAAAAGACUUGACUUGCGGCAUUCAUUUCGCUAUUUACAUUUAAAAGCAGUUUCAUCGGAUCAUUUUUUCCAUAGUAUUAUAGACACUUUUUGCAUUUAGUAGUGUUUAGAUUAUGAUGCAAAAUGUAUCUGAUAACAUAUACUGUCAUUUAUUUACAGUAAACUUUUUUGACCGCUAAAUUUGAUUCAGUAUUAUAUCUGGUAAAUCUUUUGAAGAUUACUAAAAUUUCUUUACUAACGUGUCUGAAUCAUGAAAGGAUAUCAAAUUAUGUUAACCUGUCAUCCGCGUUUUGUAAUAGUGGUAAAACUUUUGUUGAUAUAAAACUACAUUUGAGCACGGUAAGCAUUUAAAGUGCGCGUCUACAAUAGAAAUUAUUAUAUGAAUGACAGUUGUGAAAUAUUUACUAAACUGUAGGCCUAGGAGUACCAAAAUCUGCAUUAGAAUGAGGCCUCCAAAGAAAAAUGACACGAUGCGUGCUCUGAUGAUACUUGUGAUGCUGAUGGGAACUUUCCAACUAAUAUAUAUAUACGCCAGUACGUAUUCGCCGAAUUCGACAGAAGAUAUUUUAGAGCAACCAAUUUCUGAAUUCAAUUACAGAACACAGCUUGUGGUUCGUCACAUAGCUUUUCCUACGCAAGAAUUGUUAUCUUCGCCGAAACAUGUACUAACAACAGGAGUCAAAGACAAGAAUCAGACGUUACACGACGUACCGAUGCCAGCAACUAUGUAUAUAAACAAUGCCAGGGAUUCAUUGUCACCACCCUGUAAUUCCGUUCUGAUUAUUCCGCCGGUAUGUGGUCCAUUAUUGUAUGGUUAUCGACGGAAUAACAAAGGAUUUCUGACUAUAGGAAUACCGUCUAUUCGUAGACCAAACACUGAAAGUGUUUACCUCUACCAGACUUUGGAGUCUUUGAUUAACAACACUAAUGAAAAGGAGAAAAGGGAGAUUACCGUUGUCGUAUUAUUAUCCGAUCUUAACGAAACCUUCAACGAUAAGAUAGCUCGAGAAAUCUAUACCAGAUUUCAGAUAUUCGUUGAGGGAGGCUUUAUAAGAAUAAUAAAAGCACCAAAAACAAUUUAUCCAAAUUUUGACAAACUUAGUAGCACAAUGAAUGAUAACAUUAAAAGAGUUCAAUGGAGAGCGAAACAAAAUAUAGAUUUUGCCUACCUUUGUUCAUACAGCAAGAACAUUUCGGAUUACUAUUUACAGCUAGAAGACGAUGUUUUAAGUGCAAGGAAUUUUUCCACUUAUAUUCGGAAUCAGAUUUACAAUGUUACAAGACCGUGGUUUAUGUUAGAAUUCUCUAGACUAGGUUUUAUUGGGAAAUUGUUCAAAGACGAAGACUUAGAAUGGGUAGCAAAAUAUUUGAUGAAAAACUUUGAAAAAGCCCCAGGAGAUUUAUUGCUUGGUAAAAUGCUUUCUGUAAGAGGCCAGCGAUUUCCAAUACACACACAUUUUAGCUUGUUCCAACAUAAUGGAAAAUUCUCAUCAUUAGAAAAUAAAAUGAUGCCUUCCAUCGACUCAAAAUUCAAAGAUGCAGACAGUAUAAAACUGCCGAUAUUGAGUGCACCAAAGGGAAAUAAUCCACCGACGAAAUUCAAAACUUCAUUUCAAAUUGUGCCUGGUUACUUCCCGUCUUUUGCCUACGACAAUAAUUCGACAACAUUUUUCUGGGCAAAGAGACCGCGGAAGCUUGAUUAUUUGUCGCUCCAUUUUAAAAGUCCACACAACUUUACAAGAAUUAUAAUUUCAACAGGUGAUUCUAAACGAAAACAAGACUCUUUGUUAAACAGUGCAUUAUUCACAGCAAUAAAACACAAAUCAGAUGUUCACAUACAAGGCAAAUGUGGAAGUUUUAUCCUUUUGGCAGACUUUAUUGACGGAGAAAUAGACACCAAAGCAAUGGGAAUAAAUAUUCCAAAUAAUAUAAUUUGUCUGAAAAUCCAGCUUAUGAAAAAUAGUAAAACUUGGAUUAUCAUUCGAGACAUCGUACUUAUAUAAGUUCGAUUUGCUACGUCAAUUUUCAAUGAGAAGUGGUUAAAUAUUCUAUUGAUUAUAUAUACAUGCAUAAACCUGUAGAAGGACACAGUUUACAGAUAGGAAAAGUAUUUGGGAUGGAUCUAAAAUCUUCAAAAUAUUACCAGUCAGUCCUGCUAAGAUAAGAUGAACAGAUAUUAACUAUUCAAACAUGGCUGGAAGAAUGUCUUCUAUUCAUACAAAAAUGGCAAAAUACUAGAUUCUAUGAUUUGAAGCCAAAGUAUUGACAAUUUAUUUUUACUGAAAACAAUGUUACUAAAAUCAAUCAGCAAAAAAUAAGGACAAAGUUCGUAUAGGAAUAGCCAGGCUCCAAGAGCAUGUACAUAUAGUGGCUAAUUUAGGGCAUUUCGUUAUGUCGCGUUGGUGUGCGCGCAAACUUGACGACACAACGAAAUGUGUAACAAAAACUCGCGCGCACGCCAACGCGACAUAACGAUAUGUCCUAAAUCACCCACCAUACAAACACCCCAAAACGAAACCCUACCCUAGUGUGCAUGUAUGGAGUAAAAUGGCUGACGUUUACUCAAACAUUAAACCAAUAUUAGACAUCAAAGACAAUCUGUUGAUGAUUGUUGACGAAGCGGCAGGGAAUAAUAAAGUAUGCUAAAAUGUAAUAGUAACACAAGCAAUAAUUUAUUAGUACAUACUUUGUAGUGAUAUUAGGUAGGUAAACAUUUUCACUUUAGAACAAGGAAAAUGUUUUAAUUUAAAAUAUGAUUUCAACGAAGCAGUUGAUGUUAUAGCAUUUUUUGUUAAACUUGAUACAUAAACUAUUUUAGCUUUAAGUUUAAAUAGUUGUGACAUUUGUUAACAUAUAUUUUGAGAGAAUUUAAUAAUGCUUAUUUGUUUUUAUUGAAAACAAAACCUGUUUAUGAAAA